AGCCUGAGAACCCAGAAGGAAUGAUCGUAUAAUGCACAGAGUGCCCCGCCUGGGGACUUUGGACUUGCAACCGCAGUCAUAUACCGAGUACAUACAUACAUAACUUCAUGAACUCCAAGAUGACGGCCUCGCCCAUUCCACUCCCACUAUUUUUAUCGCUUGUCUCUGCAGCUGAGUCGAUACUCUUGCUUUUCGUAUUCCCUCAUGCCCUUCCCGAAGCUACCCUCAAAAGUCUCUUCCUCAUAUUCGCGCUCUUGAACUUUGGUGUCUUCGCGGUCUGGCGUGUCUUUAUAUACCCUUUCUUCGUCAAUCCUCUUCGCCACCUUCCAGGACCGAAAGGUAUAUCUAAGGGCGAAUACCCCCUUAUCGGGCAUGGCUUCACGAUGUUCUCGCGCCCUCCCGGUGGGCACUUGUUAAGAUUCAUGAAGGAAGUUCAGAACGACGGCCUCAUUCACUUCCGUGGAUUCUUCAAUGCGGACCGCCUGGUCUUGACUGACCCACGGGCUCUAGCGGAUGUACUCGUUCACAAUAGCUAUGAUUUUGAGAAGCCGCCUUGGGUCCGUGAAUUCCUGAGGCAGUUCCUUGGCGAUGGAUUGCUCAUGACUGAAGGGGAAGAGCACAAGUUCCAAAGAAAGCAUAUUAUGCCCGCCUUCAGCUUUCGUCACAUCAAGGAACUUUAUCCCAUCUUCUGGCAAAAGUCUUUCGAGCUCACGCAAGCCAUUGCAGCUGAAAUAUACGAGAACCCCGAGGCACCAGCAAGUGAGAAGGGUGGAGUUCCAUCGAGCGUUGUAGAGAUCAAUCAUUGGGCAAACAAAGCCACCAUGGACAUAAUUGGCCUGGCAGGACUAGGUCGAGAUAUUCAAGCCUUGAAAAACUCCGAUGAUGAAUUGAUCAAGAAUUACGAAGAGAUUCUAGAGCCGACGGCAGAAAAGGGAAUUUACUUCGUCUGCAAUCUGCUGUUUCCUCAACGCAUACUCCGAGCAUUACCCUGGAAGAUCAAUGAGCGAGUACGAAUAACAUCGAAUAACCUGAAGGCUAUAUGCCGUCAGUUCGUUCAGGAAAAGAAGCAGCGCAUGAAGACACAGAGUGAGGAUCAGAAAGAUAUUUUGUCUGUCUUGAUCGAGUCGAAUGACUUCUCUGAUGACUCUCUCGUCGAUCAGCUUCUAACAUUUCUUGCGGCAGGGCACGAAACCACAUCCUCAGCCUUCACAUGGAUAACACAUCUCCUCGCCACCCAUCCUGACAUCCAAAACACCCUUCGUGAGGAAGUGUUCUCCAAUCUCCCCUCCCCAUCUGCCUCUGCAGUCUCAGGCGAAGACAUCUCCGCCCUCCUCGAAAGCCUUCCUUAUCUCAAUGGCGUUUGCACCGAAACUCUUCGCCUCUUCCCCACCAUCCCCGUCUCUUCCCGCAUCUCAAUCCGGCCGACGACCAUCUCCGGCGUUCCUAUUCCUGCCGGCAUUCAAUCCAUCAUCGCGCCGUGGGCUAUCAACCGCUCGCCUACGCUUUGGGGACCCGAUUCCGAGGUCUUCCGACCCGAGCGCUGGAUCGACUACAGCAUUUCUCCACCCGGUAUCAACGGAAGUGGAGGCGCAAACAGCAACUAUGCGUUUUCGACCUUCAUACAGGGCCCGCGAAGCUGUAUUGGGGAGCGGUUUGCUAGGGCUGAGCUGAGGGCGUUGGUUGCGGUGUUUGUGGGAAAAUAUGAAAUGGAAAUGGCAAAUCCAAACGAGGUUGUGAAGCCUGCUGGGACGAUUACGCUGAAGCCGAAGAAUGGGAUGCGAUUGAGGUUGAGGGCCGUGGAUGGGGAGUGGUAAGAUGGUCAUGUGACCUAUGUCAAUGUCG